CAUUCCCAUCUGACAUCGUCCCAACCGCAUCGCUUCGCAACAGCAAACCUUAUCAGCAGAACUAAAUCUCAACUUCCACCGAACCUUCCACCACAUCAAACCCCAACAAGAUGUCCGCUCAAGGCUACUACGGCCAGCAACAGCCUGCAUACGGCCAACCGCAAUACCCGCCUCAGGCAUAUGGCGCUGGUCCUCAAUACCCACCGCAACAGAUGCAAUACCAGCAACCGCAAUACGCUCCUCCUCAGCAGCAGCGCAAGAGCAAAGACCGCGGAUGUUUGGGAGCGUGUCUCGCGACGCUGUGCUGUUGUUUCGUCUGUGAGGAGGGUUGCGAGUGUUGUGCGGAUUGUUGCGAGUGCUGGUAUGGAUUGCUGUUAGAUGAAGAUGUGGA